GCACACUGACACGCCACGCGCAGUUGUCCUGUAGAAAUGGGUCUAGCAACACUCAUUGUGAUCGGCUGCAUCGCGGCUCUGGGGGCAACCGACGGGCCCUCGAGGGGCAACGUGUGGCCCAAGCCUAGGAGCGUUGUCAAGUUUCACAACGACGGCUUUGUCAUCGUGUCUCCGAACUCUUUCCGCUUCAAUGUGACGCACUACAAAUGUAGUACUCUGGACGACGCCCUGGUCAGAUACUACAAAUUCCUAGUGCUGGAGCGCCAAGCUGGGUUCACCGAACGCAUCCACUUCAGGACAAGCACCAAUGACGUGCCUCUCGGCCAAGUUCACAUAGACCCCAACGCAACGUACAGGGGCAAACUAGAGACUCUUGAAGUUGAACUAAUGGCGCCUUGCGAGCACUAUCCAUACUUUGGAAUGGACGAGCAUUACGAGCUACGGAUUGACAGUCCAGACCUUCCUUACGCUGCAAAACUCGUGAGCCACUCGAUUUGGGGCAUUUUAAGAGGCCUCGAGACUUUUGUGCAACUUGCGGCGCCUUCAGCCGACGGAACUGCGUUGCACAUGAGCAGCUGCAUGAUCUCCGACUACCCGCGCUUCUCUCACCGCGGCCUUUUGAUUGAUACGGCAAGGCAUUUCAUACCAUUGGAAACGCUGUACACGCUGGUCGACGGCAUGGAGGCGAGCAAGUUAAACACCUUCCACUGGCACAUUGUCGACGACCAGUCGUUUCCUUAUCAGAGCUCGACCUUUCCUGAACUCAGUGAUAAAGGAGCAUACAACCCACUUUCGCACGUGUACACUCAAAAUAAUGUGAAGGCACUUAUUGAGUACUGCAGAAUUAGAGGCAUCAGGGUAAUUGCUGAAUUCGACACUCCUGGGCACACUCGCUCCUGGGGGGAUUCGCAUCCUGAGCUGCUUACUGUUUGCUACGAUGAGACUGGUAAACCAAAGCCAAUACUGGGACCGAUGGACCCAACGAAAGAAUCCACCUACAAAUUCAUAGAUAAGUUUUUCGCUGAACUAGCGGAAGUAUUCCCUGACAAAUACAUGCACGUCGGAGGAGACGAAGUAAUUAAAGAUUGCUGGAAGAGCAAUCCAGACAUCACAAAGUACAUGAAGAUGCACAAUUUCACUGGUUACAACCAAUUGGAAUCGUUUUACGUUGACAAAGCAGUUCAAACUAUUUACGCUUUAAACAAGAGCACGAUUGUUUGGCAGGAAGUGUUUGACAAUGGCGGCACUCGUCUUGACCGAAACACGGUUGUGCACAUUUGGAAAGGAAAUUAUCCUGAAGAACUCAGAAAGAUCACAGCAGCCAAUUACAUGACAUUGCUUUCAUCAUGCUGGUACCUGGACCACUUGGGGGUUGAUUGGAAGGUCAUGUACAAAUGCGACCCCCAAAACUUCGAAGGUACGCCAAAGCAGAAGAGACUGGUGCUCGGAGGCGAGGCGUGUAUGUGGUCUGAGGUCGUCGACUUCACAAAUGUGAUUCCGCGAGUUUUCCCGAGAGCGAGUGCGGCGGCCGAAAGGCUGUGGAGCGACCAAACAGUGAAAGACAUUGCAGACGCCUCCAACAGACUGGACGAGUUCAGGUGCCGCCUGGUCAGAAGAGGGAUCCACGCAGAACCCUCCAGAGGCCCGGGAUACUGUCCUGGCGAAAUUUUUUAGACUUUAUCAAAUUUGAUAUGUUUGAUUGAAUCAUCAAAGCGCAAAAUUAUUGUAAAAUUGUGCUACUGGAGUUUUUUCAAAAGAUUUUUAAUUUCAUCAAAAACAUGAGACAAUCUGCUACUGUUCAAUUUGUAUGAACAAAAUUGAAUAAAAAUCUUUAAUUCAGAAAUACCAGAAAUAAAUAAAAAAAUUAAGAAAAUACAGUUUCUGUUGGAAUUCUGUUUUUCUAUUAACUCAAUGGGUGAUUUGACUCGUUUAUAGCUUCGUAGAAAAAACAAUAGCCUGUGAAUAUCUACAAAGCAAUAAACAACUCACCCAGCGAGGUAAAACCAAUCGUUAAUUUUAAUUAAACACCAUUAAUUAAACAUUGAUCUUAAAAUUAUUGUUCUAUAAAAAUAGUAAGCUACUAUUAUAUUUUAUAAAAUAUCAUGAUGUCUUUUAUAGACAUCGAC